AGUCUAAAUGAUGACGUUUCUGUACACUUUAUAGUUUAAGCCACUCUAUUUUGUUUUAAAAUUUGCAAUAGUUUGACAUUUUGUAAGCAAAAUGGGCAACAUUUGCUGCUUUGGGAGAUACAAUAUAUACAAGAAGCAGUUGGAGGCGAUCGAGGCUCAGGUAAUAGACAACAUCACUCCGUAUGUGCCGAUUGAUGCUCUUGGACUCGAUGAAGACGACGAUAUAAAUGACUUGGACAAGUUCAACCAGGCAUUUGAAGAGGGCAAUAUAGCAAAGUUGGUGGAAUUUUGCGCAUCCACACUUGAGAUUGAAAAGCUGGAUCGUAGAUUGCACCCAUGGGCUGCAAAUCCAAGGACGAUUGGUGCUCUUUCGGCCACCCAGUUGGCCAUUUAUGCCAGCAAGGAGUAUGAGCCAGAGUAUAAGGAAGAAAUCAGAGCGGCGGGAGGAAUUGAAGUUUUGGUGGAUAUGCUCCAUAGUGAGGAAGAGGAUCGCGUGCAUGCAGCUGUUGUUGCUCUCUCCUUUUUGUCCACAGGAAACCUAAAGUGUUGUUCUGAAAUGUACGAACACGAUGCAUUCCCGCCGUUGAUCAAGGGGAUGAGGUCAAAGAUUGAUGAGAUGAGGGCCGCUUGUGCACAAAUUUGCCGCAAUAUUUACCAAAUGGACUUGGAUUAUCGCAGAGAUUUUAUGAAGCUAGGUGGACUCGUGAAUUUGGUCCUUUUGCUUGAGCCUGAUCCUGAGGAUAAAGAGUGCCUUACCCAAAUUGAAGCCAUUUAUCAUAUUGAAGAUUUCAUGAUGGAGGGGGCCGAAGAGGUACCAGAUCUUGUCACUUGCGUAAAGGCAUCUGGAGCUCUCGCCAAGCUGCAGGUUUUGGAAAAGAGCUCAAACAAUGAACUUUCAAUGGCCGCCAAGGGAAUUAGUAUAAGACUUGUAGACUAGAAUUUAUGUCAUCCCACACUAAUGAAGUAAAUGCUCGGCUAGGGUCGAGAAUGCACAUUUUAACGUGU